AUGGCUGAGGUAUGGUCCACAGCAUCCCUUUCUGACGCCUGGGAUGUGGUAGCCCAGCUUGGCAGCGAAAAAGCGGACUUCGUCGGCCGAGGGGCGGACAUCGAUCUCUUCCGCUACGAGUUGGAGCGUAUGGACGCUUCAGUUCAGGGCACCCAGCGCACCGUGGACCGGGUGGUCGGAGAGUUAGGUCGGGUCCAGGAUGUGGGGGAUUCGCUGCGCGCCGACACGGAGAAGCGGCUUUGUCAGCAGAACAAGAUGCUCAACGUCUUCAAGACAGACUUGGAGGUGAAGCUGGUGAGUCUGGAGAACCGCUACAACAAGCUCAGCGACGAUGUCUGGGGGGAGGAGACAGGCCUUGCGAAGGUCAUGCACGACCUCUCCAGGACCAACGAGACACACCCAGUGGAGCAGCGUUUCAAGCGGCCAGCGGCCAAGCAGGUGGAAGUGGGUCGCGACCAUCGGAUGACCUCAGAGGUUUAG